AUAUUGUAAAAUUAUAAGUUCUGGCACCAUACGUCGGUGCGUGAAACUGGAACAAAACUGCGAGUUAUGUGCUAAUUAUUGUGAGAGUUCUAAUUAAUUAUAAUUUAAGUUAUAUAGGAAGAAAAAUGCACGUGAUAUUUUCAAUUUUAGGAAUUCUAUUCCUAUUCACAUCUAGCAACUGUUUAGACUGUGAUAUUAUACCUGAAGACAUAGUUAAGCCCAAAAAUCGAAACGAUGUAGAUAGAUAUAUAAUUUAUAUACAGGGUAAUCCAAAAUCGUAUACGCCGUUACAAAAAUACAAUGUAUCGUUAAAACUGAAUCCAAAUAAAAUGCCACAAAAGGCAUUUAAACAAUUUAUCUUAACUCUUGAGUCUGUCGAUGGUCAAACAGAUAUGCAAGCGUACCGUCCUACCGGCCAAUUUGAUUUCGAAAGGAAUUCGCAAAUUAUGACGAGAUUCAGUGACACCUGUGAAAAUACUGUCGUUGAAAACAGUAAAAUACCCAAGUGGGAAAUUCAGGUUUAUUGGACAGCUCCGCCAGAGGGCAGCGGGUGUGUAGCCUUAAAGGCUACGGUAGUGGAAAGUAGAGAAAAUUGGUUUAGUGAAGAUGGUCAACUAACGAAGGUUUUAUGCGAAGACUCAGAAAUAGACGAAAAUGUAAAACCGCCUCUUGUGGAUAAGUGCUGUGCUUGUUCUGAAGCCAAAUAUGAGAUGGCAUUCGAAGGACGCUGGACUAGAAACACUCAUCCAAGAAAUUAUCCCUCCAAUAUUUGGAGCACCAAAUUUAGCGACAUAAUAGGAGCGUCACAUAGAAAAUAUCAUUCAUUCUGGAAUGAACAGGAUUACGCGUCAGAAGGAUUGAAGGAUUUAGCAGAAACUGGCCGAACACAAAGACUUGAAUCAGAAAUUAAGGUUAUGGGCAACAACAUUAGAACUAUCAUAAAAGCGAGAGGUUUACAACAUCCAAACAUCACAGACAUAUCAUACGCGGUGUUUCGGGUAGAUAGUAACAACCAUUUAGUCUCGCUUGUGUCAAAAAUUACGCCAUCGCCUGAUUGGUUUGUUGGAGUAGCAAAUUUCGAGUUAUGCAAAAGCGACUGCACUUGGGCCGAGUCCUACACUUAUAAUUUGUAUCCCUUAGAUGCUGGUACUGAUGACGGGCUCGGGUACUUGUCUUCAGAACCUCUACACUUUUCCCAUAAAGUAAUCAUGCCAAUCACUCAAAAUAACCCCAAUAACCCCCAGUCUCCUUUUUACGAUGAAGACGGAAACCCAAUGAAUCCUAUUGCCAAGAUUCAUUUUAUUAGACAACGUUUAUACAACAAUGAUAGGUCGUGUAACCCCGAUGAUGACUCAGGUGAUAGUGAAGAUGACGAUUGCGCUACAACCAAAUGGGAAGAUUGGACACCGUGCUCAGUACCUUGUGGUUUGGGACAAAAAACUAGGAUGAGACAUUAUUUAAAACCUAGAAAAGCUCAGGACUGUUAUGUACCUUUGGUGCAGCAUCAAACUUGUCAGGGUAAAGCUAAAUAUUGCCAUAAUAGAAGACCACAAGAUUCUGAAGGCGAAGAAAAGUCUGAACAAGAGAAGGAUUUUAACGAAGAAGGGGAAAAAGUUUCUACUGAAGACGAAAACGGUUCCGAAGGCAAGAACUCUGAAGAGAAAGGUGCUGACGAAGAAGUUCACAAGGAAAACGAACUUGAAGAAAACGAAACUGGAGAAGAAAAAUCUGAAGAGCAGAAAUCUGUAGAAGAAUCUAAAGGAGAUAAACGUUCAACGGAAGACCCUGAUUGCGCAGUUGGAGAGUGGUCGGAUUGGUCAUCUUGUAGUGUUACUUGCGGUAGAGGUACCAAAACUAGGGAUAGAAAUUUACUGAAUUCAGAAAAUGAAGAGAAAUGUGAAGAUGUUGAGUUUCAAGAAAAUGCGCCUUGUAAAGGAGAUCAACGAAAGUGUGAUGACGGGAAUGAACCAAAAUGUACGAAUUCAAAUUGGGGCCCUUGGUCAGCAUGUAGUGUGUCCUGCGGAGCAGGCUUUAAAAGAAGAUUACGUCUUCCUGAUGAAAAUAAAAGAAAAUCUAGAAAAAGCGAGGAAGAUGACAAGAUGGAUGAGGAAGAAGAAAAUUGUUCUACAUCUGAACUUGUGAAGUGCUAUACAGAAUGUACCGAAAGUGAUAAAGUUGGAGAAAGUUUAAUUGUAGAACAAGGACCAGAUGGCAGAGUUAGAAACUGUAAAGUAAGUGAUUGGUCUAUCUGGAGCAGGUGCCAAGUUCAUAGACGUGGGCAGUCAUGUGGAAAAGGAUCUAAGAAGAGGUCCAGACAAAUUUUGAGACAUCCAGAAAAUGGAGGACGUUCUUGUCCCAGAAAAUUGUUUCAAACCCAAACAUGCACAGUACCUUGUAAAUCCGAUGAAGAGACCCAAAACAAACCAGCUUCAGAAGAGAAUCCUGGUUUAAAGUGCAUGAUGUCCAGCUGGACAGAUUUCACACCAUGUAGUUCUAUUUGUGGAUCAUCGGCUAUGCAGCUAAAGACUAGAAAAAUAUUGUAUAAGCCUCCAGGAGCAGUUUGUCCUUCUAGAGUCAUGUACAAACCUUGCAAUUUACCUUUAGCUUGUACUAGCGACGGUAGACCUAUAUUUAUGUCUUAGCCUCUAAAACGUUGCAGUCUCAUCGGCAUUUGUUGUAUUGAGACAAAAUAUACUACCUAUGUAGUUAAAAAGGAUCGACUCUUGAACCGUGCUUUGUGGUACCCCAUAAUCGACAAUAAGAUUAUUUUCGAUUUCCAUAAACCUCUUAUUAAAUUCGUUAACAAUUUCUACAAAAUCGGUAAGCAUAUCGCCACUGCUUUUCUCUUUGAUGGAACUUUAUUAUUACAUUUAAUUAAAUUUGUAUAACGUCCCAUAAAUGCUUUAAACUAUUAGCAUUUGUUUCUAUUUGUUCUUUGUAGUAAUUAGUUUCUGUUU